AUGUCUCUAGUUAAGCAAGUUCGUCUAGGUAAAUCAGGCCUCAAAGUUUCACCAAUCAUUGUCGGUUGUAUGACAUAUGGUUCCAAGAACUGGGCUAAUUGGGUGUUGGAGGACAAAGAAGAGAUAUUCAAAAUUCUAAAACAUUGUUACGAUAACGGGUUACGUACCUUUGAUACUGCAGAUGUUUAUUCCAAUGGUACUAGUGAAAGAAUCCUAGGUGAAUUCUUGAAGAGGUUCAACAUCAAGAGAGAAACUGUCGUCAUCAUGUCAAAGAUUUUCUUUCCUGUGGAUGAAAGUUUAGAUUUACAUCAAGGAAGCAAAGUUGAUCAAGAAUAUAUCGACUUGCAAUUAUCAUUUCAACAGGGUCUUAACAGAAAACAUAUAAUGGCUGGUGUUGCUAAUUCUGUUGAGAGGUUGGGUACCUAUAUCGAUAUUCUACAAAUUCACCGUUUGGAUAAAGAAGCUUCAAUGGAAGAAAUCAUGAGGUCUUUAAACGAUGUUGUUGUUAGUGGGCAAGUUAGGUAUAUUGGAGCCUCUUCCAUGCUUGCUACAGAAUUUGCUGAAUUGCAAUUUAUUGCCAAACAAAAUGGUUGGUUUCAGUUUAUCAAUGUUCAAUCGUAUUAUAAUGUGUUGAACCGUGAGGAUGAAAAUGAAUUAAUUCCAUUUUGUAAGAAACAUGGUGUUGGUUUGACUGUUUGGUCACCAAAUGCAAGAGGUGUCUUAACAAGACCAGCAGACAAAACAGGUACUAGAAUGCUCAGCGAUCCCACUUUUAUUAAGAUGGGUUUAGAUAAACUUGAUGAAAGUGAUAAAGAAAUUAUUGGGGUGGUCGAAGCCAUUGCUAAGAAGAAGGGUAUUUCUAUGGCUAUGGUUUCCAUGGCUUGGAUUUUAAACAAGGGAGCCAAUGCCAUCGCUGGCUUGAAUUCUAUUGAGAGAGUGGAUGAAGCAAUUAGGGCAAUUGAUGUUAAAUUUACCGUAGAAGAGCUUGAAUUGCUGGAAAAGCCAUACAAGCCAAAGAGAAGAGUUGUUUGA